UAGUUAUACAACUCUAGGUUUACAUAAACCGAGUGCCGAAUGAUUCAGCGCAUUCGUUUUAAAUCUGAAUCUACUAUUAUAGAGUCUAGAUCUAGUAGUUUAUAUUUCUAAUAACUAUUUUUAAAAGCCUGACAAGCAAGCAUUCUGAAUGUUUUCUCUUACAUUAAAAAAAAAAUUGAUUUAGGAGUACAAUCAAGAUCUAUGUAGGAUUUAUUCACAUUCAGUCUCAUUGACCAAAAAAGAAUACGCCAAGAAAAACAGCCACUGUGUCUGAGUUCAAGCCUACACAAUGUUUCAGAUAUCUAAACUCUAUACAACCAAGUCUAAGUGGAAUACAAGUUCUUCUUCAAGAAAAUUUUCUAGUCAAAAGUCAGUACUAAAUCACAAGUUUUAAUUGACUAAAGUAUUAUCAACAUAUUAUCAACAUGCGUUACCCAACAACACAGCACGAGCCCAGCAUUGUAUGAUAAUAAUUCUACUUUUAACUGUUUAAUUGAAGUACCUCUUAAUAGUAGUAUAAAAUGGAAGAAAGGCAAAACUGGGGAAAGAAAAUGGAGUUUCUACUAGCCACUAUUGGAUAUGCUGUAGGCCUUGGAAAUGUUUGGCGAUUUCCUUAUUUAUGCUUUCGAAGUGGAGGAGGGGCGUUUCUUAUUCCAUUCUUCAUCAUGCUCAUUAUUUGUGGGAUACCGUUGGCUUACAUGGAGAUGGCUGUUGGGCAGUACACAAGACAAGGGCCCGUAGGUGCCCUCAGUAAACUUUGCCCUUUCUUCAAAGGUGCUGGUGCUGCCACUGUCAUGAUCUCAUUUCUCUUCACUACCUACUACAUUGUCAUCAUCACCUGGUCCUGCUACUACAUGUUCAGCUGCUUCACUGAGACACUGCCAUGGAUGCACUGCAACCACUCCUGGAACUCAGACCACUGUUGGGAUGGCUCUCUAGCCAAUGCCACCAAUGGCUUGCAGCCUAAUGAUUCCAGGUCACCCACUGAGGAUUUCUUUAUUGAGAAUGUGUUGCAGAGGUCCAGUGGUAUUGAUAAGCAAGGCGUGCUGCGAUGGGAACUUGUUUUGAUUUUGUUGAUGUGUUGGAUUGUUGUUUAUUUUUGUAUAUGGAAGGGUCCAAAGUCUACUGGCAAGGUUGUUUAUUUCACCGCAACAUUCCCAUACAUUGUCUUAACCAUUCUUCUAGUCAGAGGACUGACGUUGCCUGGGUCAGAGGAAGGGAUUAACUUUUUCAUCAAACCACGCUGGGAGCUGCUGCUGGAUGCCAAGGUUUGGGUGAAUGCUGCAGCUCAGAACUUCAACUCUCUGGGUGUGGCAUUUGGAGGUCUCAUAACUAUGUCAAGUUACAGCAAAUUUAAUAACAAGAUAGUUAGAGAUGUCCUGGUAUUGGCUGUAGUUGAUGCCUUCACCUGUAUCCUAGCUGGCUUUGCUAUUUUCUCUAUCUUGGGCAACUUGGCUUUAAACCAAGGAAAGGAUGUGCAGGAUGUUGUUCAGGAAGGUCCAGGUUUGGUAUUUGUCAUCUACCCUCAAGCUUUCAAUACAAUGCCAGUGUCCCAGAUGUUUGCUUUUCUGUUUUUCUUCAUGCUUGUCUGUUUAGGAAUUGAUAGUCAGUUUGCUUCUGUUGAGGUGAUAGUAACCACGAUACAGGACCAUUUCAGUGCCCAGGUGGAGAAAUAUUUGAAGAAGAAAGAAAUUCUUGUUGCUGUGGUUUGUUUUGUGUCCUUUUUAUUUGGGCUUCCAAAUGUCACUCAGGCAAGAUUUUAUUUUUUUCAAUUAUUAGACUACUAUGCAGCUGCCUUAUCAUUAAUGGUUUUAGCCUUUUUUGAGGUGAUUGCCAUCUGUUGGUUUUAUGGUGCUCAUAGAUUAGCUGACAACAUUAGGGUUAUGACUGGAACAAAGCCUAACAUUUUCUUUAUCAUCUGUUGGUUUGUCUUGUCACCACUACUUAUUGGGGGUAUAUGGAUAUUCAGUAUGAUUCAGUAUCAGUCACUGUCUAUAGCAAACUAUACAUAUCCAGACUGGGCUACUGGCCUUGGAUGGAUUAUUGCUCUGUUAUCUGUGCUUUGCAUUCCUGCUGGAAUGGCUCAUGCAGUUUAUUCUGCCAAGGGAACCAAUCUAAUACAGAAAUUUAUCAACAGCUUCCAUUCCAAAGUGGAGAUGGAAACAGGCAACCCCAUCAAUGAGAAAUCUGAGGAUGAUCUUGUCUUGACCAAAGUCACCACUGGUCAGUUUGCUGACCAGGCAGAUCCACCAAUUAAAUCAAAAGACUGCAUUCGAAUGUAAUGGAAAUAACUAACGGUAGUGAGCAUGUUGCAUAACUGGAACAAAAUCGAUUUUCUCUGAGUGAUCACUUAGUUCAAUGGGACCUCUCCCUGUGAUGGCCUCUGCUAUGAGUUAGUUUGAGGACACUCUUCAGCCCAUUGUAAAGAGUUUUUUUCUUCUUAAUACUGUUGGUUUAUCUGGAUAUAGUUGUUAGUAUCUAGCUUGAAGCAAGUCAGAUUAUGGUCAUUGUGUGUGAAUGUUUCCUUUUUUUUUUUUUGAGAUAUUUUAAAAAGUUCAUCUUUGAUUUUCAUGUGAAUAUUUCUGUUUUGAUUUAAAAGGAUGUUUAAAAAAACAAUUUAGUCCUCAAAAUAUACAACUAUAUAAAAUAUCAGCUAUAGAAUCAGAUGUUUGAAAACUUUAAACAACAUAAUGACAUGGCUGCUAUAACCUGGAGUUAAUCUUUCAAAAAUAUGUACCAAUUGUCCUUCUUCAGUCACUUGUACUAUGCAAUAUAGGAAAUGUGUAUUUUAUACAAACUAAAAAGCAACAGUCAUAAUUCUACGCCUGAAAAUCACAUUCUUUUAAAAUAAGAGAACAGAAUAAAGCCCUAUUUAGAUAUAUUGAUUCAAACUAUUUCUUUGUGAUCAGUAUUAUUUGGAUGAAUAGUUUUCAACCAAAAAGUGUUGUUUUUUUAUUUUUCCAACCAAAAUAUUUAUAUCACUUUUUUUAAAAACUUACUUUAUUAUACAAUAAACAUUCUUGUUCUUGAUUAUUAAUACUGAUAUAUUCAAACAACAAUUUAAUAUUUUUAUACAUAUUUAGAACAAUUUGUUAAAAUCUAUAUUUUAAAAUCUAUAUAUUUUUUCCCUGAACUUCAAAGUAAAUUUUGAACAUUAUAUUUGUGAAAUUCCAUACUCAAACUAGUCAGUUGGUGAGGAAUAUCAAGAUAGUUCUCACAUUGAUCAUGUAAUUGGUCAUAUAAUUCUUUUGGGUCAAACAUCACUAUAUUAUUUCCUGGGUCAGAUUCAAGCAUAAUUACGGUUGAUGGUGACGAAAUUGUUUUAGAUGUAUUUUUUUUUCUUUUAAGAACUGUUUGAAUUGAUAAAAUACUGGCUGCACUAAUAGUAAGAGGGACUCUUAUUCUUUUGAAUCACAAAUGGAAACUUGAAAGCAAAUGCUGAUGAGCACAAAGUUUUGAAUGAGAAUGAAAAUGUUAAUUCGUAUUGUUUAAGAUCUAAUCAAAGUUUGUUUAUUCUCUUUAAAAUGUUUUUUUAAAUGAAAUUUUUGUUCUUCUUGUUUUGAAUUUUGAUAAUUAUCUUACCUUAUAUAAUACAGACGUUACUUAAAAAAAGAUGAUUACAUCCUAUGCGUCAUGCAUUUAGUCAUGCAUAUUAACCAAUGACCUAAAUUCUGCUAAAUCACUGGUUUUCCUGACUAGCUCAGGCAACCCAUUCCAUGCCCUUAUAGCACUAGGGAAGAACAAGUAUUUGUACAAAUUUUCCUAGCAUAUGGAAUGAGGAAUGUGCCUUUGAAAGGAGCAUGUCUCUGAUUGGCUACACUACUGAGGAUGUUUGACUUGAAAUCCUUAUGAAAACUAUCUUUUUUUUUUUAAGUUCUAGAUUUAACACAUAAGUUUUGUAUACUGAACUCCUAAAGACAUUAGGGAAACCUUCUCCUGGAUACAGGCUUAAGUAGCUAUACAAAAUAAAAAGGAGAAAUCAUUUUAACCUUCCAUUAUGUUUUUAUCUGACUAAUAUUUAAAAUUAUAUUUUAUUUUGAUCACAAGUUCAACAUUUUAUUGAGUUGUAUAUAAUAUAUAUAUAUACUUUGAACAUUUCAUAGCCAUAUUAUUCAGAAUUUUUAACAAGUCAAUCUUCUUUUUUCAACUUUUAUUGUUUAAUAUUUGGUGUUGUGAUCAAGCCAUUGAUAAAGAAGUCAUUUUUUUUAUUGCACAAAAAAAAAAAAAAUUUUAAAAAGAUUAUUGGCUGUGAAUUCAUCUUAUAAUCAAUGUCAUUGAUUUCUCUUUAGCCAGUGGGUGGUUCCCUCACUAAACAGUUAAGAGUAUAUGUUGCCAGGUAGUAUAAAACAAAAUAUGUAAAGGACCAAAAGCCAUCCAAGUUCAUUUUUGAUGCAUGUAAGAUACAAGUGUAGAAUGAACUUUAAUUAUUUCAAUACUACUAGGAGAGCUGUGAACAUUUUUUUGUCUCCGUGUUGUUGAGGUCAUAUCAAAUAAAAGUGAAACACUUGUGUCCUUUCUCUGUUUUGAUUGAAUUUCUAACUAUUUUCACCUUUUUAUGUUGACUUUUGAGUUUUUUAAAUUCAUUUGAUAAAAGUGAAAAAUGUUUUUGUUAAAAAAAUCAAUCAGCUUUAUGUUUAUUAAGUUGUGCUCCAGGGUCACUUUUGAGUAAAAGUAGUACUUUUAUUUAUGGAAUUGCAUUAAAGUUUUAUGUUCAAUUUUUUUUUAGAUUCUGUACAAAACCAAAAUGAUACUGAUAUAAAUACAUUUGAUGUGUAAAAUGCUUAAUAAAAUAUUGAACAAUGUAUGUUUUAUUACUGUUGACAUUUGACUAAAUGACUGUCAUGUUGAUCUAGCAAUCAAAGAACCAGUAUUCCAUCCCAUCAGCCACCUCCCAACUUAAUGCAGGUCUGUGAAGCAAUGACUAUUUAAACUAUCACCUCACUCCAUCUGGCCUCAUCUCUGGUGGUAGAAUACAAUUAGUCUAAUUAUGGCAAGGAGUGUUCAAUGAUGAUUAACUAAAAAUAUUUAAAUGGUUCCAAUGUUGUCAUUGUUAAAUUUUGCAUUCACUUCUUUUUUUCAGAUAAAUAUUAGUUUCAUGUUUUCUAAGUCUUUUUUUCUACUGGAAACCUCUCCUAGGUUUAUUAAGGGUUUUAAUUCAAAGAUUUUUAAAAUUUAGUAUUGAUUCAAAUUGAUGUUUAUCUUGAUGAGGAUAAAACUAAUUUUCUAUUUUUGUUUAAAAUAAAAGUAGAGUGUGACAAUUGGUUUACCCAUUUGGUCGUAUCAAAUAUAAAAUACUGUGAAAAUUGGUUAACCCGAUUUGUUAAAAAGUUUAACAGAGUUUAACAGAGAUACCAUUAGGUACUUUUUGUCUAUUUUGAGGGCCCUCCAGUUGUGCCAUGAUCUAUGGAACAAUUAUGCCAUGUUUUAUUAAGAUUGGUCUAGUGGUUUUGAUUUCUAUUCAGGACAUACAUGGAUAUGCCUUACUUUCUGAUAUAUAUAUAUAUAUAUAUAUAUAUAUAUAUAUAUAUAUAUAUAUAUAUAUAUAUAUAUAUAUAUAUAUAUAUAUAUAUAUAUAUAUAAAAGACUGUUGUUGAUGUAAGGGUAAGGUGUGUACAUGAUUUGAGUAUGACAGUAAGUCUUAAUGUUGCAUAUCAUGUUGACUAAUCACCUGGUCUGUGAUGUUUUCAUUAGAAUACGGGCACAUUUUUGUUGUCAUGAAAAUAAUUGUUUAAGCUAAACUGCCAGCACAUUUUGAUGAUUCUUUCAUCAGAAAAGUGUUAAGAUUAGUGCAUGGAAAGAAUAAGGAAGGGGUGGAAUGAUAACUUUAUCACAAGUGUGUGAAAUUCUGUUCAAUUAUAACCACUAUUAUCUUAACUACAUACAAAUAAAUGGAAGACAAAAAAAAAAGUAUAGGACAAUUUAGAACAGAUAAAAAGUAUGUUAAUGAAUAACACUAAAACAUUUUUUUUUUAGUAAAUAGUUUAAAACUAGUUGAUCUUUAUUAAUUUUUUUUAGAUAUAUCGGGAAUCUUAAAAAAGAUUCUAGACUGAUUUUUGUGCAAAUGAAGAAAAAAAAACAACCCAACUCUUAAACAUUCUGAGCUGUCUGCAAAAAAGAAAAAAAGUUGUUCUUAUUUCUUUGUCAGCAUUCUAUAAGGUAAAUCAUUUUAGCCCACCCCCCCUCCCUUCCUUCUUUCCUCAUACUAUCUCUGCCACUUUUUUUUUUAUUCUCACACUAUGUACGAGUUUAUUUUUAUUUUGUUACAAGUGUAUUUGUAUAUAUCUUGUAGAUGUUACAUUAUCUACUUACAUUCACCACUUCACUCCUACUUUGUACAUCUGUAGUGCAAAUUUGUAAUAUUUCAUUUUUAUGGCUGAAUCAGCUUCCACAUCACAUUUAUCCCCAUCUUCAUUUCAUUAUCCUUCAGACCUGUGUUCCACUUUUUUUUCUUUUUUUUUAAUGUUGCUAGUAAUAAGUGUUCUCAAAAAUCAAAUAAAUAAAAGCACAUCUAAAAUUCUACCUGAUGGGACCUUAGCUGGUUCAUAAGUUUGUGGUUUUUUUUUUACAUUUGGAGUUAAAGGAUUUGUAUUUUUAUUCUGUUAAUGCUUUUUUCUUUUUAAAAUAGAAACAUGGUUAAGUGAAAGCUAUUUCUUCUAAUUAUUGCUAAGAUAUUGCUAGAAAUAGAUAAUAAAUGUAAUAAUAUACAAAUAAACAUUUUGACUUUUUUUUAAA